GUCACACAGAUACAGACGAACAUUGUUACAAAUUUCACUCGCAAUCAUAUCAUUUGGAUAAUAAUUAAAACGUAACGCCUUCUUUUUAAAUUUUUCAUCAAUCAUUGAAGGCACAUACUUUAAGGUCUUAAAAACCAAUACCGUACUUUGUAGCUGUAUUAGAAAUAAGUUGAUAAUAAUCCCAAAAGUUUUAGCAGAAAUUUCCAAUAAUAAAAGUUGCUUUGAUCUCGGACCCUGACCCUAUAGUUCGUCAACAUGAAGAAAAAGGUGUUGUUGAUGGGGAAAAGUGGUUCUGGAAAGACAAGCAUGAGGUCUAUUAUAUUUGCCAACUACAUAGCAAGAGACACAAGGAGACUAGGCGCUACAAUUGAUGUUGAACAUUCUCAUGUACGAUUUCUUGGCAACCUUGUUCUUAAUUUAUGGGACUGUGGGGGCCAAGAAGCCUUCAUGGAGAACUACUUUGCAUCACAGAGGGAUAAUAUAUUUAGAAAUGUUGAAGUCUUGAUAUAUGUUUUCGAUGUUGAGAGCAGGGAAAUGGAAAAGGAUAUGCACUACUACCAGUCAUGCUUAGAAGCCAUUCUACAGAAUUCACCAGAAGCCAGAAUAUUCUGCUUAGUGCAUAAAAUGGACCUUGUGGCUGAGGAGCGACGAGAAGAGAUCUUCAAAACACGUGAAGAGGAUUUGAUAAGACUUUCUAAACCACUUGAAUGUACCUGUUUUAGAACUAGUAUAUGGGAUGAAACACUUUAUAAGGCGUGGUCAAGCAUAGUAUACAAAUUAAUACCCAAUGUUAAGGCACUAGAAUCUUCACUCAAGCAGUUUGCAGCAAUAGUAGAUGCUGAUGAGGUGCUUUUAUUUGAACGGGCAACAUUCUUAGUCGUGUCACACUGUCAACGGCGACCGCACCGAGACGCGCAUCGUUUUGAAAAAGUCUCCAACAUUGUGAAACAAUUCAAAUUGUCGUGUUCCAAGCUGGCAGCACAAUUUCAAAGCAUGGAAGUGCGAAACAGUGUAUUUGCGGCAUUCAUAGACGGGUUCACGAGCAACACAUACGUCAUGGUCGAGAUGUCGGACCCUAAAAUACCGUCUGAAGCUACCCUCAUCAACAUUCGAAACGCUAGAAAGCACUUUGAAAAACUUGAAAAGGUUUCAUCGAGUGCCCCCAGCCAGUAUCAGUGAAAGUUCAAAUAAGAGCUCAGCGUUUACAAUAUCUCAAUCUCCUUGCCAAAGCGAGACAAAUAUACAUGAUUUUAAUUUGCACAGAUUAAAUAGGUUAUUUUGAUAUACAGAUUAUAUAAACUGUAACAUUAUGCUUUUUUGGAAAUAUGUAUAUAAACUACCUAAAGUGUUGGUAAUGUAUCUUUGAAUUUUUUUUUUCUAAACAAAGAGGUUACUAUGGCAAAAACCAUGACGAAAUGCCACCAACUGUACUAAGUAAGUUAAAAAUAUAUCGGACAAUUGGUAUAUAAUAAUCCACACAGGAAAAGCAUGUUUCUUACAUACAUUUUUGGAUGAAAAAAUAAGGGUUUCUAUCUAAAUUAUUUAAGUUAAUAGAGUUAUUUUUGUGCCCAGCACAUGAGUUAAAUUGAAUGCUAUUAAUUUAUGAUGUUAUUGAAACCUUCCCAUAAAUAUUAAAAAAUAAAGAAAUAAGUACUCUUAGUAAUAUAUAAAAUAUUUAUUUAUGUGUAUUUUAAUAUAUACAUGACACUUAUUUAUUACAUUUUAUAAUAAUUCCUCAUGUUCUCUACUGUAGUCAAAAAUGUAUAAAAAGUUCAGAUGUAUAAAAAGUUGUUAAUGGUCACCAUCGAGAAAAUAUUUUUAAUUUGUAGUUACCAUAUCUUCAAGAAAAAUUGUUUUAUUUAGAAUUGUUUAUUGUUUAGACCUUAAAUUUAUUUAAGAUAGAUAAGUAAGUUUAUUUGUUUAUUUUUAACAAUAAUCCAUUAGCUUACGAUUUAAAUAAAACAUCUCCCCUCCUCCACUCCGACUAUCAAAGACAAGCUCAAGUAAAUUAUUUGUUAUGUUCAAUCUAAUAUAAACUAUUUCAUUUGCCUAUUUAACAAUUUAAAAAAAUAAACAACCUUUUAUCUGUUUUUCUAUUUUAAAUGUAAGUUUUAAUCUGUGAUUUAUUAUGAUUUGUAGCUUAAGGUUGCCAGGCCCUAGAAUAUAAUAUAAAUUAAAUCAUUAGUAAAAUCUCAUAUCAAACAUAUAAACAAUUGUUAAAUUGAAUAACAAAGUUUUCAAAGGAUAUUUUAACUCGAAAUUUAACAGCGUUAUUUAGUAAUGUUGUGAUGGGCUGAUUAGUUAAACAAUGCUGUCCUUUUCCCUCUAAUAUCAAAUGAAUUAUGAUUGAAAGAGAUAUCAAUCUUUAACUAAACAACACUGCAAAACAUUUUUAAGUAAGACCGUAAUUGUUUUUGAAUAAAACCUUAUUAGUGUUAAAAAUGUAAACACUUUUAUUUAUAAGCUAUAUGUUGGAAAAAUAUUGUUAUUCUACUUUGCAGUUACGAAAUUCAGCAUAUUAUUU